CGGUUCUAAUGUAAGUAAUAGUCAAAACUCUGUAAGGACGUAAAAGUUGAUAGAAGAAAACAGAGGAAUAGUUAGCUAAAUAUAUAUAUAUAUGGAUGUAAGAAAAAUUGUGGUAGUAGUGGAAGAUGUGGAUAUAGCAAGAAGAGCACUUGAGAAUCUGUUGAGAUACGGAGAUAUAAUUACUCUUCUCCACAUAUUCUGUACGACAAGAUCGAAGAGCAAGAAGAAACUCAGGCUUUUACGCCUCCAAGGUUUCCAAUUGGCUCUUUCUUUUCAAGACAUAUGCAACAAUUUUUUCAAUACGAAGACAGAGAUUGUGGUGACACAAGGGGAUCAAGAUGGUGGAAAGAUUGGUGCUAUGGUUAGAGAAAUUGGUGCUUCUACUCUUGUUGCUGGACUUCAUGAUCGCAGCUUUCUUUACAGGUUGGCCAUGUCCCACAAUCACAUUGGUAGCAAUUUGAAUUGUAAAGUAGUAGCCAUCAAGCAACCAACCCCACUGAUGACCAAAGGAACAAGGACAAGGACCAUCUGUUUUCAAGAUAGUUCAACCAACAUGGACUUCUCACAAAUUGAAAUUAAUGCACUGAGUUUUCCAGUAGUUACUCCACCAAAAAUUCCAUACCAAAUUUGUCCAGAUCGUCAUUCUAUCAUUUGGAGAUCAGGAAGAUCGAUGGUCAAGAAGAAAGUAAAUUCUGAAUAAUUUUGUCAUUUCAAUAUUUGUGCAUUUUUCUACAUUAUAUUAUGUGAUGGCAAAAAUGAUUCUACAUUUUAUGUUUGACCCACACAACAUUAAGCAAAAAGAGGGAAAAUAUUACUAUACAAAAUUUAAAAAAAAAAAACGAAUGUUAGUUUGGGGUAUGUCAUUUAAUUUGCCCAAUCAUUAGCUCAAUGAGAGCAGGUGUCUAAGCUUUUGAGUUUGAUCAAUGA